AUGGAACCAACGCAUGGCAGUGAUCCUAAAAGCAUAGAAGUAGAACUCACGGGAAUAGAAGGACUAAGGGAAGCUGCAGAAAACAAAUCAUCUGAAUCCCACGCAUCCUCCCGACCAGCGCCGCUCCAGGACUCCCUCCUCCUCCUCCCCGCCCUCUCCCUGCAGUUGUCCCACACUCCAUCGCCCUCCUCGCCGUCGCCCAAGUCUCCUUCCCCGUUCACCCCGCAUGCCGCCGCCAGAAGCCUCAUCUUCGCGCUCCAGCCGGAGGAUAUCCUGGUCCUUGACGCGGUCCGGAGCGGAGCGUACAGGGGCAGGCCGUCGCGGACGAGACAUGGAGGGGAAGAUGGAGACCAGCACGGCUGGGAGGUGUGGGCACGGCCAAGGGUGAUGCGGCGCUUGCACCUCCAUGGAGCGUCAUGGACGGGAUCGGUGCAGCCGUCAUGGAUGGGCUCGGCGCCCUGCUCGGCGCAGCCGUGAUGGCAGAGAGUGAGAUCCGGGGACGGCAGCGAGCAGGUUGUUUGCUGCUGACCAGGAUCACGUCCUUUUUUCAUAUUGAUUUCUUCAAAUCUGUGUAAGGUUUCUUUUUUUUAGAUCAACCUGUGCAAGGUUUCUUGGUUUUCUCUACAUACUUUAUUUUUAUUUGUCUUUGCUGAUUUGUUUA